AUGGUCACGAUUGCGCUGACGGAGAGGCAGCCGCAGCCGGAGAAGAAGGCGCCGCGGGCGAGACCGAUGUCGGGGAAGGCCGCCGUGAUGCUUUGCGCGACUAGCUUCUUCGUGGGGCUGCUGUUCAGCGGCCGGAUGACGCUGCUGACGCCGCCGUCGAGCACCCCUUCCGGGCACGGCUCCAGGAUCUCUGUUUUUGCAGACGACUGCGACCAAAGGCGUAAGAUGGAAGAGAGUAAUCCGAAUGAUAUUAUGAAGGAGGUGUCAAGAACUCAUUUGGCCAUCCAGUCCCUGGACAAGUCUGUGUCGUCGCUGGAGAUGGAGCUGGCCGUGGAGCGAGCCAAGCGGAACGGCGGCCUGGGCAUGGCCGUGCCGUCCAGGGGCCUCCCGAAGGCGUUCGUGGUGAUCGGCAUCAACACGGCCUUCAGCAGCAAGAAGCGGCGGGACUCGCUCCGCGACACCUGGGUGCCCCGAGGGGAGAAGCUGCGGCGGCUGGAGAAGGAGAAGGGGAUCGUGAUCCGGUUCGUGAUCGGGCACAGCGCGACGCCGGGCGGCGCGCUGGACCGCGCCAUCGACGUGGAGGAGGCGGCGACGGCUGACUUCCUGCGCCUCGACCACGUGGAGGGCUACCACGAGCUGUCGACCAAGACCAGGACCUACUUCGCGACCGCCGUCGCCACCUGGGACGCCGAAUUGUACGUCAAGGUCGACGACGACGUCCACGUCAACCUGGGGAUGCUGACGAACAGGCUCGCCAAGUACAGGACGAGGCCCAGGGUCUACGUUGGCUGCAUGAAGUCCGGCCCAGUUCUGUCACAGAAGGGCGUGAAGUACCACGAGCCGGAGUACUGGAAGUUCGGGGACGAGGGCAACAAGUACUUCCGCCACGCCACGGGCCAGAUCUACGCCGUCUCCAGGGACCUCGCCUCCUACAUCUCCAUAAACAAGCCGAUCCUUCACAGGUUUGCGAACGAGGACGUGUCGCUCGGCGCGUGGCUCCUCGGGCUGGAGGUCGAGCACGUCGACGACCGCAGCCUCUGCUGCGCCACGCCGCCAGACUGCGAGUGGAAGAAGCAGGCCGGGAACGUGUGCGCGGCGUCCUUCGACUGGUCGUGCAGCGGCAUCUGCAAGUCGGUUGACAGGAUGAGGGCCAUCCACAGCGCCUGCGGCGAGGGCGACGGCGCCGUCUGGAGCUCCGCCAUCUGA